AUGCCGACGCAGUGUCGGAAGAAGCGAACCGCCGUCACGUGUGCCGCUUGCAGCAAGAGGAAGAUUCGCUGUGCGCGAGACGGCCCGCCGUGCAGCACCUGCGUGCGACGGCGCGUCCCGGCGUCGCAAUGCGUGUACGAGACUCCGGCGACUCAUCGUUCUCUUCCGAGUAUUGGCUUAGAACAGUCUCCAGCGGGCGGGUGCUCCCAUACUGCUGGCGACGGCGCUCUAACGGCCAGGAUCGGGGUGCUGGAGAAGCUCGUUCAAUUCCAGCAAUCGCCUGGGUCGAUGCAGGUCGUACAGGGAACUAGCGCCGGCGGCAGCGAAUCUGAGGCGGCUGGUUCAGCGCCAACAGGAACGCUGAUUACAUCGCGCUCAGGUCAUACGCGAUUCCUCCCCGCCGCUUCUGCUUGGAACGUCAUCCGAAACGCGUCGCCAGACGUUCCAAUCGCCGACCAGGGAAACACUGUCACGGACACGCCAAGCGCACCUUUUCCCUUUGCCCGUGGCACGUCCGACAGAUUGUCAGACGUGCUGGCCAUUCUACCUCCUCCAGAGUUCUGUAGCGAGCUCAAGGACAUCUACUUUCGAGCUGUGGGACCGAUAUACCCCAUCAUCCACGGCCCAAGCUUCUCCAAGAUAUAUGACCAACACAUGGCGGAUGCUGAAAACGCGCCGACAGAGUGGGUGGCUCUCCUCUUCGCAAUACUCGGCACAGCUGUCUUGGCGGUCGACCAGGACAGCUCCCUUCUCCGCUCGUUGAGUCGCAAGGCGACCACUCUAGAGCGCGUCGCACAGCUGUCUGAGAGAUACUACUCCACAGCCAUGAGGUGCCUGGAUAUGGACCACUAUCUGUGGAGGCACAACUUGACUACGCUCCAGACUCUGCUCUUGAUGAUAUAUGGUAUCCACCAUAGUCGCGGCCAAACUUGGACGCUCCUCGGUCUCACAUACCAUCUCGCGCUCUCCAUCGGCUGUCACGUAGACCCCACGGUCUUUUCGCUCGAUGAAGUGAACUGUGAGGAGCGUCGUCGGUGUUGGUUGGCAUUGAUGAUGCUCCUUUGCAACCAAAAUAUGUCCAUGACAGGCUUUGACCUGCACAAGAUGACCGGCUCUUUUUCUAUUCAGUCGCCGAGUGCGGUUGCAUCGAGCGGUGAGUGUAUUGAGGAAGCACCAUCACUUCCCGCGGCUCCCGGGCUCAAUUCGGUGGCAUACUUCAUCCGAAAAUACCGUCUCUUCCAACUAUCAUCGAAAAUCAGCAAUUUAAGCGCAGGCAAGCAGCACGUGAAUCCCAUAGCGCUGCAGGAGCUUGAUUUUGCCCUUCAAGCUGAGCAGAGCGCAUUGCUGCAAUUUAGUGACUCUGCUUCCGCCACAUCAGCAGUCUUUAUCAACCUGCUGCAGUGCUUUUCUCACCACUUGAUGAUACUGUUGCACUGCAGAGUCAUUGGGGAUCCGUCGCGCCCUUCACACUACGUGUGGUCGAAGCAGCGCUGCUGGCAUAGCGCACGCCAGGUUCUGACCCUGCACGCCGAAUUCACGACGUCGGCUGUCUUCAGGCCACAUAGGUGGUACAUUCGCGGGCGGGGAGCAUUUUACGCCUUCCACGCCGCUUCCAUGCUCGUCUUUUUAGCAUCUGCCGAACGGGAGAGCUCACAGACUUCAGAGGUGCGGCCAUUGCUAGAUCAAUGCCUAAAGUCGCUGGAGUUGUUCAAGACACAAAGCCAGAUCUGUGCGAGAUCUGCUAAUAUCCUUAGUCACUUGAUGACGAAAUCGGGGUUUGUAGAUCAGUCAACCCUAGGUAGUGCCGAUACGGCCAGGCAGACCCCCAGUGACGAAUCCGGAUCGAGCCAACCUGCUCCGCAUAGCCAAGAUCCCGGGAAAAGAAAUGAGCCGUGGCAGGUCGGUAUGGAAAACCCGGAUUUUGUCGACUUAUUCGGGAAUUUUGCGCCAGAGCAGUGGCUUGAUUCAGAUUAUGUCGUCUGGCAGGAGGGAGACAUGUUUCUACCACAACUUAGCUCUAUGUCGUAA